UCUUCCCACCCAUCUUUCUUCUUUCCCCAAACUUCAAAAUCUCAGAAAGCCUCCACUUUCUUUUUCUGAUUCUCUCUCCCUCUUUCCAAAACAAACCAAACCCACAAAUCAAUGGAUUCCAAUUUCCACGGCCUACCUCCUCUCAAAAGAUUCAGACUCAUUCAACAACAACACCAACAGCAAAGAGACACUGCGGUGUCCCCCUCACGCCUUCCGGCCAAGAAGCGAAAGGAAUCCCGUAUUUCACCUUCUUUCCCUGAACCCACACAUUCUGCAACCACCUACUGCUUGCCUGCUAAGAAAAGGGUAUGGGCCCUUCUACCCGAUUUCAUUGCUGAUGUCUCUCUGCAGGCCAAGAAAGGUGUAGGAUCCCAUCAACCUGAUUUCAUUGCGGAUGAGGCUGUCACCAUUUCUCUGCCUUUCGACCUCAAUUCUACGGCUUCUGAAGAAGGAAUUCCACUUGUAGAUGGUACCAAUGAGUCUCUUACGAAUGCUAGUCAAGAUGAAAAUGAAGAUGCUGCUGCUGAUGAUGAUGAUGGGACUGUAUGUGCUAUUUGCCAAAGCACCGAUGGGGACCCAACAGACCCAAUUGUGUUCUGUGAUGGCUGUGAUCUAAUGGUACACGCCACUUGCUAUGGUAAUCCCCUUGUGAAGGGUAUUCCAGAAGGUGAUUGGUACUGUUCCCAAUGCCUAGUUUCCACUUCUGAAUCCAAUAAAGGCAGAAGCCCCUCUUUUUCUUGCUGCCUAUGUCCAACCAAGGGAGGUGCAUUGAAGCCCACUGUAGAUGGCCGGUGGGCUCACCUUGUGUGUGCCCUGCUUGUUCCAGAGGUGUUCUUUGCGGAUGCGGAAGGCCGGGAGGGGAUCGAUUGCUCUAAGGUUCCAAAGAAGAGGUGGGAAGAGAAGUGUUAUGUUUGCAAGAGUAGAAGUGGGUGUGCUGUGGAGUGCUCUGAACCCAAGUGCCAUUUGGCCUUUCAUGUCACUUGCGGUUUGAAGGAGGAUCUUUGUAUUGAGUACAGAGAAGUGAGGAAGCAGGGUGCUAUUGUUGCUGGCUUCUGCAAAGACCACACUGAAUUAUGGAAAAGGCAACAACAAACUGGAAAGUUCAAGAUUGUGGCUAGAGAGGAGCACAUGAAGUAGUUUGGUUUGAAUGUGCAAGGAUUCCCAGAACUUAGAAAUGGUUUUUCUCUUUUGGUAGCACUGACAGAUUCCCGUAAUUUUUAGUUAAUUAUCUUUGCAAUCUGGUUUUUAUUUUUAUUUUUUAUGCUUUUGAUAAAAUGUUAGACGAAUAUAGUCCAUAACUGGUUCAUUUGGUAAUUCUAGUGCAGAAAUUCAUCCAAUAGACAUUAUUGGAUUUUCACUAGUCCAAGAAAUUCAGGUUUACUUAUUAAUCCAAAUUGAGUAUGUGAAGAAAUUUGAAUAAAAUCUAUUCUCAUAUGUGAAAUUUA